GUUCGAGGCUCCGCCCUCCGCAGCCUUGGCUGACGCCCGUCGGAACUACAACUCCCAUGAUGCAGCGAGAGGUCAACACCCCCGUUUACGUCAUCAUCCGAGGACGCCCUGGAGUGAACUGGAGCGUUGAGAAGCCUGUUGAGACUCCGAGGCGCGGGGCCCUUGAGGCACAGGAAGAGUGGGGUCGAAGUGGCUGAGCUCGGAGUCUGCGGGCUCACUGCGGCCCAGCGGCAAAUCUGCUGGUGACACGCGCACUCCCCCCUCCCCGCCUGUCCCCACGGUGGCGCUCCUGGUGACGUUGUGGGUGUGAUGGCCGCCGCGAGGCUGGGAAGGUGAAGGUUCGGGCUGGUGAAGUCAGCACAGCCGUAGCCUCAAUCUGAGACAGGACAGAGAGGACCGGGCUCUUUCCACCUUCCGGGCUGCAGCCAUGUCCGUGAUGCACACCCUGUGAAGUCCGUCACCGUCCAGAAACUUCUCUGCUCCAACUGAGCCAGCGGACGGUCCGCGGAUCCGUUUUCUUUUCCCUGCUAGGAGUUGCUGUGCGUAGAGCUGGCGCCAUGUCCCUGCUCUUUUCUCGAUGCAACCCCAUCAUCACAGUCAAGAAGGACAAGAGACACAUGGCUGAGGUGAAUGCGUCGCCACUCAAGCACUUUGUCACCGCCAAGAAGAAGAUCAAUGGCAUCUUCGAGCAGCUGGGGGCCUACAUCCAGGAGAGCGCCACCUUCCUGGAGGACACCUACAGGAAUGCCGAGCUGGACCCGGUGACGACGGAGGAGCAGGUUCUGGACGUCAAAGGGUACCUGUCCAAAGUGAGGGGCAUCAGCGAGGUGCUGGCCCGGCGGCACAUGAAAGUGGCUUUUUUUGGCCGGACGAGCAACGGGAAGAGCACUGUGAUCAACGCCAUGCUGUGGGACAAAGUGCUGCCCUCCGGCAUCGGCCACACCACCAACUGCUUCCUGCGAGUGGAGGGCACAGACGGCCACGAGGCCUUCCUGCUCACGGAGGGCUCCGAGGAGAAGAGGAGCGUGAAGACCGUGAACCAGCUGGCCCACGCCCUGCAUCAGGACGAGCAGCUGCACGCCGGCAGCCUGGUGAGCGUCAUGUGGCCCAACUCCAAGUGCCCCCUUCUGAAGGACGACCUCGUGCUGAUGGACAGCCCCGGCAUCGAUGUCACCACAGAGCUGGACAGCUGGAUUGACAAGUUUUGCCUGGACGCUGACGUGUUUGUGCUGGUGGCCAACUCGGAGUCCACCCUGAUGCAGACGGAAAAGCAGUUCUUCCACAAGGUCAGCGAGCGGCUGUCCCGCCCCAACAUCUUCAUCCUGAACAACCGCUGGGAUGCAUCUGCCUCAGAGCCCGAGUACAUGGAGGAGGUGCGGCGGCAGCACAUGGAGCGGUGCACCGGCUUCCUGGUGGACGAGCUGGGCGUGGUGGAUCGCGCUCAGGCCGGGGACCGCAUCUUCUUUGUGUCUGCCAAGGAGGUGCUCAAUGCCAGGAUCCAGAAGGCCCAGGGCAUGCCCGAAGGAGGGGGCGCUCUUGCUGAAGGCUUUCAAGUGCGGAUGUUUGAGUUUCAGAAUUUUGAGAGGAGAUUUGAGGAGUGCAUUUCUCAGUCUGCGGUGAAGACCAAAUUCGAGCAGCACACGGUGCGGGCCAAGCAGAUCGCGGAGGCCGUGCGUCUCAUCAUGGACUCUCUGCACAUCGCGGCUCAGGAGCAGCGGGUUUACUGCCUGGAGAUGCGUGAGGAGCGGCAAGACCGGCUGAGGUUCAUCGACAAGCAGCUGGAGCUCUUGGCUCAGGACUACCGACUGCGAAUCAAGCAGAUUACUGAGGAAGUGGAAAGGCAGGUGUCCACCGCCAUGGCGGAGGAGAUCAGGCGCCUGUCCGUGCUGGUGGACGAGUACCAGAUGGAUUUCCACCCUUCCCCAGUGGUCCUCAAGGUUUAUAAGAACGAGCUUCAUCGCCAUAUAGAGGAAGGCCUGGGCCGGAACAUGUCUGACCGCUGCUCCACGGCCAUCACCAGCUCCCUGCAGACCAUGCAGCAGGACAUGAUAGACGGCUUGAAGCCCCUGCUUCCUGCAUCCAUGCGGAGCCAGGUAGACGUGCUGGUGCCUCGCCAGUGCUUCUCCCUCAGCUACGACCUGAACUGUGACAAGCUGUGUGCCGACUUCCAGGAGGACAUCGAGUUCCACUUCUCCCUCGGGUGGACCAUGCUGGUGAAUAGGUUCCUGGGCCCCAAGAACAGCCGCCGGGCCUUGAUGGGCUACAACGACCAGGUUCAGCGCCCUGUGCCUCUGACACCAGCCAACCCCAGCAUGCCCCCACUGCCACAGGGCUCACUCACCCAGGAGGAGCUCAUGGUCUCCAUGGUUACGGGCCUGGCCUCCCUGACGUCCAGGACCUCCAUGGGCAUCCUGGUUGUUGGAGGCGUGGUGUGGAAGGCCGUGGGCUGGCGGCUCAUCGCCCUCUCCUUCGGGCUCUAUGGCCUCCUCUACGUCUACGAGCGUCUCACCUGGACCACCAAGGCCAAGGAGAGGGCCUUCAAGCGCCAGUUUGUGGAGUACGCCAGUGAGAAGCUGCAGCUCAUCAUCAGCUACACGGGCUCCAACUGCAGCCACCAGGUCCAGCAGGAACUGUCUGGGACCUUUGCUCACCUAUGCCAGCAAGUCGACGUCACGCGGGAGAACCUGGAGCAGGAGAUCGCCACGAUGAACAAGAAAAUCGAGGUCCUCGACUCACUGCAGAGCAAAGCGAAACUGCUCAGGAAUAAGGCUGGUUGGUUGGACAGCGAGCUGAACAUGUUCACGCACCAGUACCUGCAGCCCAGCAGAUAGUGGGCAGCGCGGAGCGGGCCUCGCAGAGAAGGGCGGGGCCGCCAGUCCGCGGAGCGGGGCCUCGCAGAGAAGGGCGGGCCGCCAGUCCGCAGCUCCCGGGGCCCCGGGGACGCGUGCAGCUCUGGUCCCUGCCACUGCCUAAUGAAACACCCCUGUGUCCACUGUCCCGAGCCCUCAGCACUAGUCAUUUCCCCUCUGCCUGCUCUGCAGGAGGAUCUGCCCAUCCCCCACCCCGUGGAGACCUGACCACGCCGGGCACGCGUGGGCCGGGGCGCCAGGGCCCCUGUCCGCUUUGUCAGCCUCACCUGACUGAGCAUCAGUUGGUGACUUGAUGCGGUCUCAGAUGUCAGCGACUCAGGGUGACUGACCGGACCUGGCACGUGUUAGGCAGACACCCUCAGCUCCCUGUGGCCCUGCACCCCUGCCCUCCUCGUGCCCCAGCAUGCCGGCAGGGAGGCUGCACUGGGGCGCUGGGCGGUCUCCCCAGAAGCCUCGGGAACCAUCGAGAAGGCCAUGCGGCUCGGCUGGGUUUGGUCCUCCAGCCGCCGUGCGUCCUCCCGUUUGCCACUCUUCUGCUGGUCUUAGGACCUCAAAACAGAGGCAGGCCCAGCACCCCAGAGGAGGGAGGGACGUGCAGGGCUGAGGAGGGGGACGUGGAGGAUGUGGGAUGCAUGUGGUGCCGUGGGGUGGGGGGUGGGUCAUCACGUGACCAGGAGGGAUACAUGUCCCUUGCUCUGCUUUCAGCCCUCGGCCCGUGUGGUCCUGGAGAAAGCUGGCCUGUCCAGGUGGUUAAAGAACGUAGUGGGAGGGAGGUGGGGGAAGGUGAGCACCCUGGUGGCAGGCUGAGGGGAGCCCUGCCUGGGUUGGCUGGACGCUGGAAUGGACAAACAGGAACCCCGAUGGACCUUGCUGUGUGAGGCGUUCCCAGGCCUGGGCCCCAGUCCCACCAACUUCACUGCACCCUGCUACAGCCCUGCGAGGCACUGCCCACCCCUCCUUGGCCACAGUGCUCUGGACUCUCCCGUGCCAGGCUCUGCAGGUGGCCAGGAAACAGGGAAACAGCACCCCCUGCCCCACCUCCCCGCCGCCCAGAGCCUCACGCCGACCUGGCAAGUGUUUGUUGUCUUCAUCAGCCUAGGGGGUUAAGUGCCUGGGAGAAGCCGGAUCGGGCUCCCAGGCAGGGCAGGCCCGGCUGGUUGUGUCGUGCUGGCCGUGUCCCGGCAGCGUCCAUCUCGGGGAAGUGAGUUGGUGGCCUCCGUGCAGGUGAUGUCUGCAUCCCCUCUUGUCCUCAGAUGCUGGGUCUGCCUUGGCCUGCGGCCUGAGAGAUGGACUUUGUCAAGGGUGACGGGUGAUGGGAUGGGGUUUGGAGCGGGGCCAGGCCUGGGUGGGUGGGGUCAGCUCACACCAUGUCAGGAAAAUCAGUAUCACACAAUUCCAAUGAAUUUUGUGCUCUUUUUGAAAAAGUUAUUUAGAAUAAACAUGAAUUUUUUUCAACAUAGCCCCUGGGGAAUGAAUGAAAUCUGAAGCUUCUUACACAAGCCAAAUCCGGGCCACUGAGAUCCACCCUUUCAGAAAGACGUGGCCGGAAGCACUUUACUUCGAUGCUGCUACCUUUGUUCUCUGUUGUCUGUUCGUUUGCUGGAGUGCGAGGCGGCCCCCACACAGUGAUUCCUCUCCAGUGUACUUGCCUGAAUUACUCCUGUAUCAUUGCUCAUAAUAUUGGAACCUAAAAUAAAACCUAGUUGGAAACCUUC